AUGUCUUCCGAAUCAGGUCGUCGUGUUAUCUCCACGGACAAAGCUCCAGCGGCGAUCGGUCCGUAUAGCCAGGCUGUCGCCGUACCGGCAGGCUCACAGAUGGUGUAUUUAUCCGGACAAAUUGGUAUGGACCCUGCUACAGGCGAACUAGUUUCAGGUGGCGUCGAAGCGCAAGCCAAGCAGGCAUUGAAGAACCUUGGAGAAGUUUUGGCAGCAUCUGGAUCUUCAUUCCAGAACAUUGUAAAAACCAAUAUCUUUCUUGCAGACAUGGCUGACUUUGCAGCUGUCAAUGCCAUAUAUACUACCUACUUCGAAGGUUCAUCAGUGUUUCCAGCCAGGGCCUGUAUUGCUGCUGCUGCUCUGCCCAAGGGCGCUAGUUUUGAGAUUGAGGCAGUCGCAGUCGCCAACUAG